GAAAAGAUGGCAGCCAUGCUGUUACCAACGGGUCCUGAUGGCUUGCGGCGGUUCACUCGCGAAUCCUUGGCUGCGCUGGAGCAGCGGAUUGCGGAGGAGCAGGCCAAGAACGCCAAGGAUUGCCAUGAUGGUCACAGGAACACAGAGCCAUCAAAACCCAGGGCCGACCUGGAGGCAGGCAAGCAGCUGCCUCGCAUCUUCGGUGACAUCCCUCCAGAGCUUAUCGGGAUGCCACUGGAGGACAUUGAUCCAUUUUACUACAAGAACCAGAGGACUUUUAUAGUACUUAACAAAGGGAAGGCCAUCUUCAGAUUCAGUGCCACAUCUGCACUUUACAUCUUUAGUCCAUUUCACUUCCUCAGAUCAAUCGCCAUAAAGAUUUUAGUCCAUUCAUUGUUUAGCCUGUUCAUAAUGUGCACUAUACUGACCAACUGUUUCUUCAUGGCCAUGUCGGAUCCAGCACCAUGGACCAAGUACCUGGAGUAUACUUUCACCGCCAUUUACACGUUCGAGUCGGCGAUAAAGAUAUUCGCGAGAGGAUUCUGUAUAGUGCCGUUCACCUUCUUGAGAGAUCCGUGGAACUGGCUGGACUUCUCCGUCAUUGUCAUGGCAUAUGUGACAGAAUUUGUAGACCUUGGAAACGUCUCAGCAUUAAGAACCUUCAGAGUACUGCGAGCACUGAAAACCAUCUCAGUUAUUCCAGGUCUGAAGACCAUCGUCGGCGCUUUGAUCCAGUCUGUGAGGAAGCUGGCAGACGUGAUGAUCCUGACCGUCUUCUGUCUCAGCGUGUUCGCCCUCAUUGGCCUGCAGCUUUUCAUGGGGCUGCUGCGGCAGAAGUGCGUCCGCAGCCUCGCACACUGCAUCAACUCCUCCUACAGCUACAACGCGUCCUUCAUCUGCAACAACAGAACCUGGAGCUCCAGGGCAGACUUCCUCAGCAGCGAAGAUAAUUUUUACAAAGUUGAAGGAGCAAAGGAUGCCUUAAUAUGUGGAUAUGGAAGUGAUGCAGGGAAGUGUCCAGAUGGAUUCGACUGCCUAAAAGUAGGGAGGAAUCCGAACUAUGGUUACACCAGUUUUGAUACCUUCGGCUGGGCUUUUCUGGCCCUCUUCCGACUCAUGACACAAGACUACUGGGAAAAACUGUUUCACCAGACGCUACGCUCAGCUGGGAAGACCUACAUGGUUUUCUUUGUGCUGGUCAUCUUCCUGGGCUCCUUCUACCUGGUCAACCUCAUCCUGGCUGUGGUGGCCAUGGCCUAUGAGGAGCAGAAUCAGGCAACCAUCGCUGAGGCCUGGCAGAAGGAGAGGGAGUUUCAGCUGGCUAUGGAGCACCUCCGCAGAGAGCAAAGAUUGGCAGCAAAAAGACAAGCGCAGGAUACAGACUCAGUGCUGUCCCCAGAGCUGUCUCCAUUUUGCGUGAAGAUAGGCAGCAUACGUCGAAGCAGCAGCAGAAGAAGGAGAUCACACAGGACGUUGUCAGAGGAAACAGCAGAGGAAGCUCCGCCUCUGUCUCCCCUUCCAGUCCACCCCCUACUGGCCACGCUCUCUGCUCAUCCCCUCAGCACCAGGAGAGGAAGCCAGAACAGCAUCUUCAGCUCCUUCCGGGUGCGCAACAACUCGGAGGCUGACUUCGGGGAUGACGAGUACAGCGUUCAUGGAGAUGCCUUCAGGAGUCGCGCCAGUUCAACGGCAACACCCUGGAAGAGGAGGACGGGCAGCGUGCGGAGCCACUGCUCCCAGAACUUCACCCCCAGCCUCAACGUCAAUGGCCGGCUCAACAUCUCCCUCGACCAGAACGGGGUCACCACACUGGGCCUGCACACUCCCACCUCCAUGCCUGCUUACAGCAUGGAGAGGGUCAGAGAGGACACAGUGAGUGGUAGAAGCAUGUUGACUGAGCCUCCUCCAGUGCAGAGGAAAAGAGGGCUGAGCUCUGUCAGCUUCCUCAGCGAUGCCAUGGAUGAGUUGGAGGAGUCGAGGCAAAAGUGUCAUCCCUGCUGGUACACAUUCGCCAAGAAGUACCUGAUAUGGGACUGCUGCCCCUGGUGGCUGCAGAUGAAGGAGUGGGUGAAGUACAUGGUGAUGGACCCCUUCCUGGAUCUGGGUAUCACCAUAUGCAUUGUGCUGAACACCCUCUUCAUGGCCCUGGAGCACUACCCCAUGACCGAUGAGUUCAACACGAUGCUUUCAGUGGGCAAUCUGGUAUUCACAGGGAUCUUCACAGCUGAGAUGGUGCUGAAGCUGAUUGCCAUGGAUCCCUACUACUACUUCCAGCAGGGCUGGAAUAUCUUUGAUGGCAUCAUUGUUUGCCUCAGUCUGAUGGAGUUGGGUCUCUCCAAUGUAGAGGGGCUGUCUGUCUUGCGGUCUUUCAGACUGUUACGAGUCUUCAAGCUGGCAAAAUCCUGGCCCACUCUUAACACUCUCAUCAAGAUCAUCGGCAACUCCGUGGGCGCCCUGGGAAACCUGACGCUGGUGUUGGCCAUCAUCGUAUUCAUCUUCGCUGUGGUGGGCAUGCAGCUGUUUGGCAAGAACUACCAGGACUGUGUGUGUAAGAUCUCCAUAGACUGUCAGCUGCCACGCUGGCACAUGAAGGACUUCUUCCACUCCUUCCUGAUUGUGUUCCGGGUGCUGUGCGGCGAGUGGAUCGAGACCAUGUGGGAUUGUAUGGAAGUGGCCGGGCAGCCGCUCUGCAUCCUAGUAUUCAUGUUGGUCAUGGUCAUAGGGAACUUGGUGGUGUUGAAUCUUUUUCUGGCCCUGCUGCUCAGCUCCUUCAGCUCCGACAACCUCUCUGCACCAGAUGAAGACGGCGAUUUGAAUAACAUCCAGAUUGCCAUCGCUCGCAUCAAUGCCGGCGUCUCCUGGCUAGUCACAAGCAUCGUGGACCUCUUCAACCGCGGCUUGAACCGCCGGAAGCAGAAGACCAAAGAAGCCAGUCAGGCCAUUAAGCUGGUAGGAAACCAUGUGGAAAGUAACGGGGGAAUGUUUGGACGUUACGGGGAGAAGUAUAUCAUACCAGAGGAGGACAGCUACAUGACAAACCCGAACCUGACUGUCAUUGUUCCCAUCGCUCCUGGAGAGUCAGACGUGGAAUUUCUCGAGGAGGAGGAGAUUUCUGAGUCAUCAGAGGAUGAAAACAACAAGGCGGUGAGUUUUUCACCUCCAGAGAAGUGUGCUCCUCAGGAGGAGAUCAGCCUAUCAGAGGGCAGCACGGUGGAUCUGAGGAAGCCUGGAGAUGAGAUGGACAACUUUUCAGAGCUGGCUGAAGAGAGAAUGGAGCCGGAGGAUUGCUUCCCAGAAUUGUGCUCGAGGCACUGCCAGUGCUGUGACAUCAACACCAGCCGCGGCCUGGGCCAGGCCUGGUGGAGGCUGAGGAAGACCUGCUACCAGAUCGUGGAACACAGCUGGUUCGAGACUUUCAUCAUCUUCAUGAUCCUGCUCAGCAGUGGGGCUCUGGCAUUUGAAGAUAUCUACAUUGAGAAGAGGAAAGUGGUGAAGGUGGUGCUGGAGUCCGCCGACAAGGUCUUCUCCUACAUCUUUGUGCUGGAGAUGUUCCUCAAGUGGAUCGCGUAUGGCUUCAAGAAAUAUUUCACCAACUACUGGUGCUGGCUCGACUUCCUCAUCGUGGACGUGUCCUUGAUAAGCCUGGUGGCAAAUUCACUGGGAUAUUCUGACUUUGCUGCAAUCAAGUCUCUGAGGACCCUGCGAGCAUUGAGACCUCUGAGAGCUCUGUCCAGAUUUGAGGGCAUGAGGGUGGUCGUGAACGCUCUCAUAGGAGCCAUCCCCUCCAUUAUGAAUGUGCUGCUCGUGUGUCUUAUCUUCUGGCUCAUCUUCAGCAUCAUGGGGGUCAACCUGUUCGCCGGCAAGUUCGGGAAGUGUGUGAACAGAACGGGCUUCAUCCACAGUAUCUCUGUCGUCAACAACAAGUCGGAGUGCCUCGCUAUGAAUGACACACAGUUCUACUGGACGAAAGUGAAGGUCAACUUCGACAAUGUGGGGCUUGGCUACCUUUCCCUUCUGCAAGUGGCUACAUUUAAAGGCUGGAUGGAAAUAAUGCAUGCAGCUGUUGAUUCAAGAGGAGUGGAGGAACAACCCAUCAGAGAAAUCAACCUCUACAUGUACCUAUACUUUGUCGUCUUCAUCAUAUUCGGCUCCUUCUUCACCCUCAAUCUCUUCAUCGGUGUCAUUAUUGACAAUUUCAAUCAGCAGAAAAGAAAGAUGAGUGGACAGGAUAUCUUCAUGACUGAAGAGCAGAAGAAGUACUAUAACGCCAUGAAGAAGUUAGGAUCUAAAAAGCCUCAAAAGCCAAUACCAAGGCCUGCGAACAUUCUCCAAGCCUUCUUCUUCGAUCUCGUGUCCAAGCAAGCCUUUGACAUCAUGAUCAUGAUGCUCAUCAUCGUCAACAUGGUGACCAUGAUGGUGGAAACCGACGAGCAGUCAGAGCGCAUGGAGUCCAUCCUCAACAAGAUCAACCUGGUCUUCAUCGUGAUCUUCACCACCGAAUGCCUGAUCAAGAUCUUUGCCCUCCGUUGUUAUUUCUUCACGGUUGCAUGGAACAUAUUUGAUUUUGUAGUGAUAAUUCUCUCUAUUGUGGGGAUCGUUCUCGCCGACAUCAUUGAGAAGUACUUUGUAUCUCCAACACUGUUUCGAGUCAUCAGACUGGCAAGGAUAGGACGAGUACUUCGACUCAUACGUGCAGCCAAAGGAAUAAGGACUCUACUGUUUGCCUUAAUGAUGUCCAUGCCAGCUCUCUUCAACAUCGGCCUCCUGCUUUUCCUUGUCAUGUUCAUCUAUGCUAUCUUUGGAAUGGCGAACUUUGCCUACGUGAAAAAACAAGAUGGGAUUGACGACAUGUUUAACUUUGAGACCUUCGGGAAUAGUAUGAUCUGCCUUUUUCAGAUCAGCACCUCAGCAGGUUGGGACAACCUCUUGAGUCCUAUAAUGUCCAGCUCCCCAGAAGAGUGCGACGUUAACUUUGUCAAUACUGGCACUAACACCCGGGGAAACUGUGGCAGCCCCUCAGUGGGCAUAGCUUUCUUCGUCAGUUACAUAAUCAUUUCUUUCCUCAUUGUAGUCAACAUGUAUAUAGCUAUCAUUCUGGAGAACUUCAGCGUUGCCACAGAGGAGAGUACAGAGCCGCUGAGCGAGGACGACUUUGAAAUGUUUUAUGAGGUUUGGGAGAAGUUUGAUUCUGAGGCCACACAGUUCAUUGAGUUUUCCAUGUUGUCAAUCUUUGCUGACACUUUGUCGGAGCCGCUGCGCAUCGCCAAGCCCAACAGGAUCAAGCUGAUCUCCAUGGACCUUCCCAUGGUCAGCGGGGAUAGGAUCCACUGCCUGGACAUCCUGUUUGCCUUCACAAAGCGUGUCCUGGGAGAGUCGGGUGAGAUGGACGCUCUCAAGCAGCAAAUGGAGGAGAAGUUCAUGAUGACCAACCCAUCCAAGAUUUCCCAUGAGCCCAUCACUUCCACACUGCGCCGCAAACUGGAGGAGGUGUCCGCGAUCAUCAUCCAAAGGUGUUACAGGAGGCAUCUGGUGCGCCGGCAGAUGAAGCAGGCAUCCUACCUCUACAGACAGAUAAACUACGAGACUGUGGUGGAUGUGGAGAAUGCUCCAGAAAGGGAGGGCCUGAUAGCCACCAUGAUACAGCACUAUGGACCUGUGGGGGUGGAGGAUGUGGAGACAAGAGACAACACUCUAAUGUCCUCACCACCAUCUUAUGAAAGUGUGACCCGGGCAGCCAGUGACCUCACUGAGGUCGUCAGAUCAAUAUCCAGAGACUCUGACCUCGGGGAGCCUGGUGAAAACUAUGAGGAAACUUUUCUUUGA